UAAGUUGCAUGAUUCAUUUGGUGGUCCCUUCUUGAAAGCUCCUCGCAACUACUAGAUGUUUGUUAAACUCUUAAGUAUUUCCCAUGACAGGAAACCCUUCCUUUCCUGUUGGGAAGACAUUUUACUUGGAUUCAUUCAUCUUGGGGAGGUAGAGAGACAUAGCGAGAGAGUGAGUGAGCAACGAUGGAGCAUAGCAGUUACCCCAUGAAAAAGCUGGGUUACGACAACAAAGAUUAUGGGAAAGAAAAGAUGAAUAGCUGUAGCUUUUACGUCAAGUACUUUCUGUUCUGUGUCAGCAUCAUCCAGCUGCUGAUAAUUCUGGGGCUGGUACUUUUCAUGGUCUAUGGCAAUGCCUAUGGCAACCAGCAAAUGCGGAGGCUGUUGGCUCAGAACCAGUCUCUGCGCUGCAUCGAGGAGAAGAUGAAGGUGCAAGCUGAGGCUGAGGAGCUGGGCAAGAAGCUGAACAAAAGCAGAGUUCAGGUAACCAAACUGUCCACUGCCAACAAGACCCUGAACGCACUGAGCAUCUGUCUGGAUACAAAUGGCAUUCAGUUUCACAGUAACUGCUCCACCAUCAAACCUCCUCCAAACAAACUAGCGCCCACCAAGAAUCCAGUUUCAAACCAAGACAUCGCCCUGGAACUGAUAAUGUACGUCCUCAACCCGAAGAACGGAAUCACGCAAUUAAGGAAUUGCAGUGGCGCACAAAAUACGCUGAAAUUAGCCAAGGUGGAAAAGGACAUGUUGGAAACGAAACACAAGAUAGACUUACAGAGCCUAAUCAAACAGAAGGACAAUUUGAACAGCCAGCUUCAGGGUUUGAAAAACAACUGUACGUCGAUAAGCCAGGAUUUCCAAAAGUUCACCAAAGAUAUCACCUCCAAAUACGAAGCAAGUUUUAACAAACUGUUGAACGCGGAUCACUCCAGUCUGAGGCAACAACUCUACCAACUGAAAGGCGACUGCACCCCACUGAUCUCAGCCUUCAAGAUGGAAGUUCAGUCCCAGCUGGAUCAAACCAAUUCGCAGAUCAGAACCUACUUCGAGGGGGCAGUGAGCAAAACGUCCAGGCUGGCAAAUGUGGAGAUGCAGUACGCCGAAUGCCAAGCGAAAACCAAGGCUCUCGAGGAGGAAAUCAAGGCUAAAAAGACAGUGCACGAAAAGGACACGGAAGCACACUUGACCGAGAAGCUGAAGCUGCUGCAGGAUUUGAGGGUUUUGAUGACGAAGGCGGAGAACGUUUAUCCUGGAGACGGACAAUCUCUCUCGGCCGGCAGGUCAGUCAAUCAAAAGAAAGUCUCGAGCGAUUUACUGAGUGAAAGGAUUCAGCAGCUGCUGGGAUCAAGGUUGUCCCUUCAAGGAAACAGGCAAUCAAAAUAAGCUGGUUCCUGACUGACUGUGUGAAUGGAAGAAAACAGAAUGCCUGGACAAGCAAAGCUGCAAGAAAUGAUUCAGUUUUCACUCGUCAAGAAUGACACGAGUUUAUACAUUUCUGCAAGAGCGGACAUCUUAAAAGUCCAAUUAACUAAGUCUAACUCUAUAAAGUUACCGUUAAUAUCACAAUAUCGUAACUCUAACCCUAGAAAAAAAACUAAUAACUGGAGUUUACUAACCUUAACAAUUAGUCCAGAUAUUACUGUUUGAUGAUACUAGAAUUUUGCUCGAGGUAAUGUUCCAACUAACAUCCUACUGUGUGUUAAACGUACUUCCUUAAUAUUCUUUUGAAACCUUAUCACAUUCACUUACCUACCAUUGUAUUGUGUAGGGAGGAUGUAAAAGUAAUGGAAAAUUUGCAGCAUAACCUGAGUUGAAGUGGGUUUCAGUUAUAAAGAGAGGCGAGAGAAGUUGGGGUUUUUUUCCACUAGAGAAGAAAAGAUUAAGUGUGACAAGAUAGAGGCCUUCAAGACUUAUCAACGGUUACAUUAGGGUAACUAGCAAUAGCUUUCCACUAGUUGGGGAGACAGUAAUAGGAAUGUACAAAAUCAAGAUGAGCAUAAAUGGAAAUAAAAUAAAAGUUAGCGAUAAUGUCUGUUUGCAGAGGGUGUCUGGAACGUGUAAUGUUCCUCCACAGACUUUUUUUUAGAGUAGACGUUUGGUAAUAGAGUUUUAGACUCUUGAAUAAGAGGAAUAUUAAAGGGUUUGGGAGGGAAGAGAACAGGAGCGGGAUUAGAGUAGGAGAUUUAUGGGAAGAGAAACGUCAGUGCAGACAUGAUAGGGCAAACAGUCAGUUUUUGUUCUGUAACAUUCUAUGGUUUCAAUGGAUUCACUAUGAUGGAUUUGAUCACGUUGACCACUUUCCAAUCACUGGCUUAAUCUCAUGAUUUAACAGCUGCUCUCUCUCUCUCUAUUCAUUCUCCGGCACUUAAAAGAGUCCAGGGUGACAAGCAAGGAGUUUCGACUAAGCUUCUCAUGAAAACCCAAGGUUUGUUUCGCAUUAUUGACUGAUUGUUGAUGUACCGUGAAAACUACAUUAAAAUAAAGUUCAUCUUAUUCCCUGGAAA